UUAUUCUUUUUCGAAUUUCAUUUUGAUUUGGUACUUUCCUAUUUUGCAGGAAGUAUUCCAAGACUUUUAAAUAAAAGCAUUUUCCUUUUAUUAUUAUUAUUAUUAUUACGGGCAAAGGGGCGGUGGCACUGCCGGAUCCAUCCGAGUUCAUAUCCCGCACGACUCGGAGUGAUUGAUUGAUUGAUUGGAUCGAUGGCUACUACGACUGAUGCCUCCCCCAAGUUCCAGAGCCCCGAUUUCCGUCCCCUGUCCUCCGAGCAACCCAAUCUCCGUCCUGACAUCCACGCCGCCUCCGACCUCGAUGGCCUCCCUUUCUGGCAGUACAUGGUCGCCGGUUCCAUCGCCGGCUCCGUCGAACACAUGGCCAUGUUCCCCGUCGACACCGUCAAGACUCGCAUGCAGGCCAUCGGCUCCUGCCCCAUCAAGUCGGUCACCGUCGCCCACGCCCUCCGCUCCAUCCUCAAGUCCGACGGCCCCAGCGCCCUGUACCGCGGCAUCGGGGCCAUGGGCCUCGGAGCUGGCCCUGCCCACGCCGUCUAUUUCUCCUUCUACGAGAUCUGCAAGCGGUCCUUCUCCGGUGGCAACCCCAACAACUCCGCCGCGCACGCCGCCUCCGGCGUCUGCGCCACCGUUGCCAGCGACGCCGUGCUCACGCCCAUGGACAUGGUCAAGCAGAGGCUCCAACUCGGGAACAGCCCGUACCGGGGAGUCUCCGACUGCGUCAGGAGGGUUUUCAGGGAGGAGGGGCUCAGGGCCUUCUUCGCGUCGUACAAGACGACGGUGGUCAUGAACGCGCCCUUCACGGCUGUGCACUUUGCCACCUACGAGGCGGCCAAGAGGGGAUUGAUGGAGCUCUCCCCGGAGAGCGCAAGUGAUGAGCGGUGGUUUGUCCAUGCCACCGCCGGGGCAGCUGCUGGGGCAUCAGCAGCUGCAGUAACGACGCCCCUAGAUGUGGUGAAAACUCAGUUGCAGUGCCAGGGAGUAUGUGGGUGCGACCGGUUUAAGACGGGCUCGAUAGGGGAUGUUUUCCGGACGAUAGUGGAGAAGGAUGGCUACAGGGGGCUCAUGAGAGGGUGGAUCCCAAGGAUGCUCUUCCAUGCACCCGCUGCUGCAAUCAGCUGGUCUACGUACGAAGCCUCGAAGGCCUUCUUACAACAGUUCAAUGAGAGUGAUGGCCAUACCUGAAAGAACAACCCUGAAUUGUACCAUAGAGAUACUUUGUUGGAUUGAUUUGAGGAUUGUCAGUUUCACGCCGAGGAUGACUGGCGCAAGAUAGGGGAGCAAAUUAAGAUGCUGCUUCUGGGUUCAUGAGCAGAAACAGAUGACAAUCUCUACUUAUCGUGAUCCGGUGUUAUCCGUGAUUAAUUUUUUGUAGCCUUUGUUUUCAUUUUCCUUUUAGGUCAUAUAGAUAAUCAUGUUGCAACUUUAAUUGCUUAGCCUAUUGGUUCUUUUUUUAUUUAACCUUUCAAAAGAGGAUUAGAUUAUGUAGAGGUAUUUAUGAUGUAAUACAUCAGAGCAAACCAGAGAUUUUGAUGCGAUAUCAGGUGAAUAAAGGCAGUGUGAGGAGAAAAUUUUAAAUGGUC